AGCUCAGCAUCCUCCCGCAUCCACCGAGAGCAGACGCCGGAGCCCGGAGAGCACCGAUCGGGAUGUUCCGAGGAUAUACUCAGUGAUAAAACUCCAAACGAUGAGCUACCGAGGGCGGAUUUCAGAGAAGGAGCUUUGAAAGGAAAAUAUUCGGCUUGUGGUGGAAAUAUUUCAUUUCUGAUACGAGGAGAGGAGACAGACUUCGGCCAUGCAGCACUACGGGGUGAACGGCUACUCUCUCCACGCCAUGAACUCACUCAGCGCCAUGUACAACCUCCACCAGCAGGCGGCGCAACAGGCCCAGCAUGCACCCGACUACAGGCCGUCGGUGCAUGCGCUCACUCUAGCGGAGAGACUGGCUGACAUUAUCCUUGAGGCCCGUUAUGGCUCCCAGCACCGAAAGCAGCGGCGCAGUCGAACGGCCUUCACUGCGCAGCAGCUGGAAGCCCUGGAGAAAACCUUCCAAAAGACCCACUACCCUGACGUGGUGAUGCGGGAACGCUUGGCCAUGUGCACCAACCUGCCUGAGGCCCGUGUGCAGGUCUGGUUCAAGAACCGCAGGGCUAAGUUCCGCAAGAAGCAGCGGAGCUUGCAGAAGGAGCAGCUCCAGAAGCAGAAGGAGGCCUCCGGAGCAGCCGAGGGCUCCACGGACGAGUCCAAGACCGAGCUCCCCAGCGCCACGCUGGUCCCAGAGGCCCGCACCCCUCCUCCUCCCUCCUCCUCUUCCUCCUGUCACUCAGAGAACGAGAGGCUGGCGGCGGCGCGGCCGCAGCCGGGGGAGAUGAGCGUGGAAGUAAACGUGACCUCCCCGGAGCCGUCGGACAGCGAGUCCGCAGCCGAAGACAACGCAGACCGAGAGGAGGACGAGAUGAGGGGGGAGACGAGGGUGACGCUGCGGGAGGAGACGCAGGCGGAGGUGGGAGCGCAGCCGGGGAGAAGCUCCCCCUCCUGCAAACGACUGAGCCCCACAGCAGAACCCCCGCUGAGCUCUCCCACCCUACCGUCCUCCAGCAGCGUGAGCGGCGGUCUGGCGCAGAGCAACUCCUACGCCUCGUCCCCCCUCAGCCUCUUCCGGCUGCAGGAGCAGUUUCGGCAGCACAUGGCCGCCACCAACAACCUGGUGCACUACCCGUCGUUCGACAUGAGUGCGCCGUCCUCGCUGCCCUACCUGGGCAUGAACGUCAACAUGCCGUCGCCGCUGGGCUCGCUGCCCUGCCAGUCCUACUACCAGACCCUGUCGCAGGCCCAGCAGGUGUGGAACAGCCCGCUGCUGCAGGCGGCGCCGGGCGGCCUCCCCGGGACCCUCAACAGCAAGACCACCAGCAUCGAGAACCUGCGUCUGAGGGCCAAGCAGCACGCCGCCUCCCUGGGACUGGACGCGCUCCCCAACUGAGGCACGGCUGGUCAGAGUUCAGCCUCUGCUGGCAUCUGGGCCCCGCACAGAAGGAUGACUUCAGGGGCCUCUUCCAUUUCCCCUUUGACCUCUCACUAUUGUUAAAUGGUGUAUCGUCCGAAGCUCAUUAGAAAGACCACCUGUUAACUCGGAGCUAUUUCAAUCCAUUGGCUGUGAUGAUUAGUCCCCAGUUUAAAGUUUGUCCAAAUUUAUAGCCGUUUGUAACAGUUUUUCAGUAUUUUAUGGCCUUUGACCUCAUAUCAGACACAUCUAAUCUAAAAAAAACAGAGAAGGACAAACAGUGCAAGCAACAUGUUUGAGGCCCAAUGAAGAACAGGCACUUUAGGGACCCUUCCUCACGUUGAGGCCCUGGCUGCUCCGCAUACCUAAUCUCCGUUACCUCCUUGUCAUCCCCCAAAGAAGAACAUACCACAGCUGAGAGGACAACAGAACAGGAAGCACAUCACUAAUGGAUAAAUCCAACAUAUCCCACCUGGACUGAGGAUCCUGCCGGUGUGUGGCUCAUCAUCGGUCAUCUAACACUGGCUGCUCAACCGUGACCCGAGGCUCCUCCGCGACGAACCACAGAGCUUUCCACGGCAGACGACAGAUAUUAGAUAUUCUAUAAUCCAACACCUGAAUGUGAACUAUGCAUGCACGCACCCCUCUGAAGCAUGGCUUACAGCCGCACAACGCAGAUGACGGCAGAUCAGAUCUGAUAUCAGAUGUAAAGCUCAGAUCAGUCACAAUAAUCCCAGCGCUGACUGCGUUUAUGUGGAUGACGGAUGACUCUUUGCUUAAAGUUACAGCCUGCAAGAAUCCCUCCAGCAUUGUAAAUAUCACUCAGUGUUCUCCUCCACCUGUCUAGUUAAAGAGUAACUACAUGUCUCUUUGUGUGUGAAGGACUUGAAAGGAAAAAUUCAAUUUAUUUCUCGGUCAUUGGCUCUUAAAGGACCCACACAGACCAGCAGAAAUAAAUUCAGAGGAGGCACCGAGACAAAGAAAUAUGAGCUCAGCUGAUGUUUAUUUUUAUUCACUAGACUGAAGUCUUCAGCAGAAAGAUGCGCAGGCCAAAACCUCUAUGUAUUAUAUCACUGCAGAGUCAAGACAUGUAUUUCUCAGUUGUUUUAAAUGUGAGUAAUUUAUCUGUUUAAAGGAAUAAAUCACACAUAUGAAUGAA